GACCUCGUCGGCCACUCCGGGCUCCCUGCAGGUCGGCGCCCCCGGCUGCCUUGCAGGCCGACUGGUCGCCUGGUCCCUAGAGGCCGGCGCCCCCUGCUGCCUGCCUGGAGGCCGACACCCCCUAGAUCCUGCUCCCUCUGAAGGUUUGUUCAAAAUUGUAGUCUAUAUAGUACAUGAUUUUGGCCAUAUCAUUGAUUAUUGAUGCACUUUAUUACUUUGUCUGUAAUCUGUUGAACAAUUGAACUAUAAAGAGUAAUGGGGAUAUUGCUAAGAAAAGCUUCAGUCAAAGCUAAGAAAAGAAAUAAGUUGGGUGAUGCUCUUUUGUAUGAUUGUCUUUGUCAAAUUCAUUGAGCGGGAUAGUUUCUUUUAGGUGGAUGAGAAUGACAUAAUCGAGACUUUCAUGAACUAGUAUGUUUGAAGUAUUUGUAUUUAACUAUUGAAUUUAAGAUUUGGAAUGUAAUUUAUGUUCUUGGUAAUUGAAUUUCUCGGUAAAGUUUAAAUUUUAUUACUGAAUUAUAUAGGGAUUAUACCUAAUUGGAAGUGGAAAAAAUGCAAUGAACUAGUUCAUUGAUUAGCAUAUUCCCUAAUCUUGGUCAAGUAUGAUUUUUUUUCAUUUGAGCUUAAGGACCAUGGCCUUUGAUUGUAUCUGUGUUAAUCAUUUUGAAAAAAAUGUGAUCUUUGAUUUUUGUUUGUUUUUUUAAUGUAGAUGGCACAACACCCACGGUAUCCCCUCCUACAAAUGGUUUAUGAUGAGCGGCACCGUGGCAAGAUACAAGAAGAGCGUAUGCAGGUUUUGAAGCCUCUACGCCCCCGCCUUCACAAGCCUCUGUGGUGGGAUGAUAGGUACGCACCGUACCUAAAACGGGCUGGAUUCCUCCCGUUGGUGUGGCUAGUCAAGGAGGGCCUCCCCGGUAUGGACAAUGCAGCUUUAACAGCUCUGGUGGACCGGUGGAGGCCUGAGACACGCACAUUCCACCUUCCCAGCGGUGAGAUGUCAAUUACACUCCAAGAUGUGGCAAUGCUAUUUGGGCUUCGUAUAGAUGGUAGAGCCGUAACUGGUAGCAUCUGUCCAAAUGGAUGGAGGGAAAGAGUGGAGCUGUUGUUUGGAGUGCACCCACCCGAACCACCGGAAGACACGAAGGAUAAGAGGCCUACAGGAGUGACCUCAGCUUGGUUGACACAACAUUUUGGUACACCACCUGGAGCGGAUGCUAAUGGCGGGAUGGUUGCUAGGUUCGCUCGGGCAUGGCUAUGGCAUUUGAUCGCCGGGUUUCUAUUUCCUGAUUCGAGCGGCAACACAAUCUCAUGGAUGUGGCUAGAACUAAUUGGUCAAGACUGGGACAACAUUGCCACUUUCAGCUGGGGGAACGCAACACUUGGGUGGUUGUACCGUCAGCUGUGUAAUGCUUGUAGGCGGAGCAAACAUAGUGCAAAUCUUGGUGGUUGUGCUUACCUAUUGCAACUGUGGAUGUGGGAGCGCCAUCCUGUUGGCCGGCCGGAGCGUUAUGCUCAUGGAGUUACGCCAUUAUACGAGGGAGAGGCUGUGGCUACAGUGGGUUGGUUAUGGAACAAUAUUGGUACCGUGCACGGUAAUCCAGGAAGGCAGUACAUAGACUACAGCAAUGGCCUUGAUUGCCUAAAUGCUGCACACGUUGAAUGGCAACCAUACAAUCGCAUAGAGGUGCAAAACAUGAAUCUUAGUCCGCAAUGCAUGAGGGAUAAUGAAUACUGGCGCUCAGUUUGCCAUCUUAUUUGCUAUUACAUUGUUGAGUACCACCUUCCCAAUCGGGUGAUGCGCCAAUUUGGAAUACUUCAGUUUUGUCCGCCUGAGUAUAUUAAUACUAGUCAUGAGUUGCACGGAACUGAUCGACGGAAGCAUCGAUUGCCAAAAACUGGGAGGAGAAGCACCUUGCAUAUGUGAAUGCUUGGAAUGGUCGAGGCACAAAUUAAUUAUUGGAGUUGUGUAUAAUGGAACUGCAUGACAGUUUUAAAAGAAAUGGAACUGCAUGACAGUUUUCAAAAAAAAAAAAUGGAACUGCAUGUAGAAACCGAAUUUCUAAGCAAUCCUAUUAGGUAAAGCACAUAUACACUUGAAAAAUAUGAAAUUAAAUACUGAAGUCUGCUGUUGUAUUUCACUAGUUUGUUUCACCCCCUUUCUUCUGAAUCAGUGUGCUAUGAAGUCUAAAUAUUUGGUUUUAUUUGUGGAAGCAAGUUCAGUGAUUCAGUAUCACCUUGCUUA